UCUGCUGGAUAUCACCCGCACCCAAGGAACACUCAAGGAUAAACGGCCAAUCAAAAUGUACAAGUUCAUCUUCAUCGCCUACUCUGCUAUGCUGCUCAGCUAUGUCCUGGCCCGGCCACAGGACCAGCGUGCCGCUGGAGCAGGCGUCACCACCACGACAACAGCGGCCACCAUUGUGAAGCAGGACAAUGUGAACAAUGCCGACGGCAGCUUCAACAGCAGCUACGAGACGUCCAAUGGAAUACGCGUGGAGAACAUUGGCUACCUCAAGAAGAUCAUCAUCCCCAAGACGGAGACAUCCGAUGGCCAGGUGAUCGACGAGCACGAGGAACUGGUCCUCGUCCAGACAGGCUCGUACAGCUACAGCGACCCGGAAGGCAACAUCAUCACCCUGCGCUAUGUGGCCGACGAGAACGGAUUCCAGCCAGAGGGCGAUCAUCUUCCUGUGGCACCGCAAUAAGUUCUGGGAACCGUCCUGAAUCUAAAUUAUAUUUUGAUUGAAAGUAUUAUACACUGCCUAAAUGCCAUACGAAAUUGAAAUGUUUUGUGUAAAUCUUACCUUCCGUAGUUAGUCUUAAGCAAACACACACUCACACACCUCACACUCCGAGUGGAGAAAUAAAUAUUGGGAACGAUAAUGAAAAUGACAACACAGA